AUGAUUGUGGAAAACGUGCAUGCGUUCAUAGAGCAUAGAGCACCCAGAACCCAGGAGGGAUCUCGUAGAAUGUCAUUGGUUGACCUUGGCAAACGUUUGUUAGAUGCUGCCAAGCGAGGGGAGACAGACACCGUAAGGGCCCUGAUGUCAAAUGGUGCCCCAUUCACCACAGACUGGCUGGGCACAUCACCAUUACACUUUGCUGCUCAGUUUGGCCACCAAGAAACAGCAGAAGUCCUUCUCCGAGCUGGAAUCAGCAGGGAUGCCAGGACAAAAGUUGACAGAACACCCCUGCAUGUGGCCUCGCAGGAGGGGCAUCUAGCAAUAGUUCAGCUGUUGCUGCAGAGCAACGCUGACAUCGAUGCAAAAGACAUGUUAAAAAUGACACCGCUUCAUUGGUCAACAGAGAAAGGCCAUGUCAGCAUCAUCGGUUUGCUGAUUCAGAGUGGGGCAGACAUAACCCUGGAGGACAAGUUUGGCCGCACCCCAGUUGACAUUGCCUUAGCCAAUGGAAGAACAGACAUUGCUCAUCUGAUCCAGCUACACCAGGAUGCUACAGGUGUGAUUGAAGAUGCGGACACGAUCACGAUUGAAACCCCAGAGACCCUGGUUACUGAGACAGUGUCCACCAGCGAUGGUGUGGACGGACUGGUUAUUGACACAGACAAAUUGAUAAAAUCGGAACCAGAUGACCCUACUGACCAGAGCAGCACAUCUGUACUUGCCACACUGGCUGCGCUAGCCGAAGCCACGUCCUCCAACCCUUCCAGUCAUGCUGCAACAUCGGAGGCCAUGAGUUGGUUGGAGAGUCAAGGGAUCACCAUGAUCUCUGGAGAUGGCAGUUUGAUCACAUCGGCGGUGGAAAGUGGACAGACCAUUACUUUAACAGAGGCGGGCAAGAUAGCCCUGAAUCAGUUCAUCCAGCAAGAAGCAGCAAUGAAUGGAGAUGGAGGAGAUGAAAAUGGUGAAGAUGAUGUGGGACUUGAUGAAGAAAUCACAGAAGAAUCCAUAGUGGAGCAUUCCGGAGCUGGAAUUGACGUCGACCACGGACAGAGUGUCAUCACAAUUGUCACGACUACAGACGAUGGCGAAGAGGAAUCAGAGACUCGGCAGAUUAUCAUGGAGGAGACAAUCAUACAUGAUGGGCAGGAUGGGGUAAUCACCCACAUCACGGAUGAGAACGGGAAUGCACUGGUUAUAGAAGAAGCCCACUCAUCACUUGCGGGCGCUGAUGAGAUCGGGGACGACGAGACUCUGGGAAUCGAGGACCAGGUUGUGACUACUGGGGCGACCGAAGAUGAUGACGACGAAGUCGAGGGCAUCAUCUUACAAGAUGAGCUAGACAUGGGAGUUGAGGAGCACCAAGAGCUGGUAUCGGAAAACGGAGAGAAGGACGGGGAUUAA